GAGAUUGCUAAGUCAGUAAUCUGUAGUACAUCCGUGAAAAAAUUAUGGAAAUUCAAAAUGAAUUGUGACGAGGUAAUUUUACAACACAUUAACAGUCUAGAUAUACCCUUUAGAAAAGGUAUAUCGUCUACUGUGACAAAAUGAUAUCCGGGUGCACAGGCACCACCUGGAGUGUCGGCAGAUAGCAGAAUUAUUGUAUUCAGUGACAGUAAUUUACCUUAGCUAAAUAUACCAACCCACUACCUGUUUCAUAAGAGUAUCCCAAAAAUAUUUCACUCGGACAAGAAGAACACAAGUGCGGUAUUUGUGUCAUUGAGACGACUUUGUAAACCAUACGACAGGAAGAAUUACAACAGACAUAACGCAGUGUAUGUAGUAUAACAAGUUUUGCAGCACAUAAUUUACCACCUGUCCGCCUUUUCCAUGAAUUUGUAACGGCGUGUUGGGUGUAUAGACAAACUGAUUCGCGAGCAGAUGAAUGAAUCGUUAUCGAUCGAUUGAACAGAGAACCGUCAGCAGCCAUAAUCGUUGUGGUACGUGUUUGUCAUGUGAUGUUGUUUGAUGUCGGAAACUAGCUGAGCUAUUUUUAUCGAAGGCAGAAAAAAUCAGCUGGAUCGAAGCAGGGAAAACUGGAGCUUUCGCUGAUUCUUGGAAUAUCUUUCGUUGCAGGAAGGUCAAGGCCGGGGGUAAUCCGUUGUGUACAGGGAAGCGGGGAUCAAGCGGACAACAGUUUACUAUGUAUCAACCCCCGAAUGCACAGCCUCAAAACACAGGGGAACCCUAAGAGGACGCCAUUUCACCGAUCAUAACCCUAUAUACACACUGAUUUUCACUGAAUGAAAAGACAAUGCCAUAGACAUCUUUGCGUCAGUGACAGUAGAGCACACAUUAAUAACACCAUUCCAUCAUGUCAACGGACAGAAAGCGCCAUGAUUCCGAGGAAACCACGGACUCUCUGGAGAGUGUCGGAGACUAUAUCCCCACCCCACCGGACGGAGGGUGGGGCUGGGUGAUCGUCUUCAGCUCACUGAUGUGUAACAUCAUUGUGGACGGUCUUGGAUACUCUUUUGGCGUCCUCCUUCCCCAGUGGGUGGAAGUUUUCGGCGAAUCCCCCGGGAAGAUUUCACUUAUAGGGGCUCUGCUCGUCGGAGUCUAUUUGUGUGCUGGUCCCGUGGUGAGUGGUUUGACCAACAAAUUCGGAUGUAGACCCGUGACGUUUGCAGGAAGCAUCGUGGCUUGUGCUGGGUUCUUGUUUGCCUCCUUCAGUAACAGUGUCCCUGUCCUUAUGUUAACAUACGGAGUUCUUGGAGGUUUAGGAUUUGGUUUAAUAUACUUGCCAGCCAUUGUUAGCGUCGGUUUUUAUUUCGAGAAAAAACGCGCCAUUGCAACAGGCAUCGCAGUGUCUGGUUCCGGGAUAGGAACAUUCAUAUUUUCUCCUGCAAACGCCGCCAUAUUAGAUGCGUUCGAUUGGAAGUACAUGUUGAUGAUUCACGCAGGUAUUAUUCUGAAUGGAUGCGUCUUUGCUAUGUUAAUGAGACCGUUAGAACCACCAAGAAGGAAAAAGGUGAAAACAAAGGUUAGGGCCAAAACCAUGAUUGAUCGCGUGAAAGAAAGAGCUAUUGCCAACCGUAAGCGUUGUAAUGAAUCAGAAUCCAGUGUCCAGGUUGUGGAGAGUUUUGCUAAAUUGCAGGAAGCUAAGAGGUUGCGCGAAGAAAGGUUAAAAGAUGACGAUUCUGACAUUACGUCAAUGCCAAGCGCUUAUUUUGUGAAAACUCGCGAUAGCGACACAUACAAACACUCGUUCUCGGAGGCUGGCGAGAGUUACUGCGGGAGUCCGGUGGUGGACAUCCCCAAAAUAACAUUCGUAGGCGUUGACAACAAAGAACCGUCAUCACCGGAAUCACCCCGAUCCGACAGGUCAGAGGAAAGGUUUGGAUCGAUGGCGACCAUCGAAGAAAAGCCACUGAAGGAGGAAGAGGCUGCGAAAAAGGCCGCUGAUGACGCCAACAUUCUUAACGGUGUGUACAGUCACGAGGUGCAGCCACUUAUUGAAAACGGCUACGCAAAAGUGGUGCCCUCUAACCGUAACUAUUCGUCUGCCGCAAGACUACGGAUUGGGUCACAGAACAAUGUUGAUAAAAAAGACUACUCUAGACCCCUGUAUAGAAAGGACAUUUUCUACAGCGGGAGUACGCUUAAAAUCCCCGAGUUUACGUCCCAGCCCGACAUGCACAGUUACAUUACAAGUAUUACUACGAUUCCCGGAGAACUGGCGCUUCCGCCCUCCUCCAUUUGGGAUCACUGCACGUGUUUGCCAAAAUCCAUUGUCGAUACUCUUCGAGAUAUGUUAGAUUUUUCAAUAUUGAAAGACUUGCCUUUCGUGCUCAUUUGCAUUGGUAAUUUAUUUGCUAUGAUUGGGUUUUACGUUCCGUUCACAUACUUGGUUGACCACGCUAUGGAGCAGAACAUCGCCCAAACCGAUGCUGCGUUCUUAGUUUCUGUGAUUGGAAUCACCAAUACGGUGGGGCGGAUUUUGUCCGGUGUGAUAGCUGACGUGACCAAAGUGGACGCAUUGAUAAUCAACAAUGUUGCUUUGGUGUUUAGCGCGGUUCUGCUUUUCGUUGAACCUUUCUGUACGACCUAUCCCCUCCUCGUAUUGUUCGCAGCUUUAUAUGGACUAUGCGUGUCUGCCUAUAUAUCUUUGACCUCCAUCAUAAUCUGUGAUCUGAUCGGUCUGGAGAAGCUUACCAAUGCCUUUGGUAUUCUGACUCUAGCUCGAGGGACUUCUUCCAUAUAUGGACCUCCUAUUGCUGGUGCGGUUCGUGUUGCCACCAAGAGCUACGACUACUCUUUUUACCUGGGAGGUUUGAUGUUCGUCAUUGGUUCUGUGUUCCAUUUAAUGUUACAUUUACCCUGCAUCAAACGGAGGGGAUUGCGGGACCUUACUGCUGGUGUGUUAGACGUCCCGGAAAACAACAAACCCGAGAACAACAAACCGGUGGCGGUGUAAAGUUAAUGGCUUCUGACGUCACUGGACAUGCAUGGAUACUAGAUCAUGUGAUCAUGAUGUGCAACAAUUAGUUGCUUGUAUUUUUGUGAGCGAAUUUGUUAACUUAUCCUUAAGAGGAAUUCCUAAUGUUUAUUGUAUUUAUGUAUUACUGAGGUUUUUUCUUUAUUUUUACUUAACGUUUUACGAAAAGUUUAUAGAAGUUAUUGUUUGUUAGUGUGUUUGUUAGUGUGUUUGUGUAUGUGUUUGUAUCUGCGUUUGUUUGCGUCCAUAACUGAAAAUGUAGUAACUUUUACAAUAGGAUAAUCUCAGAUUGUUUUUGCUUUAUUGUACCGUUUUAGAUUUAGUACACACUAUUUUUAUAUGGCAACGGAUAUCGGUUUGAAAAGAUUUAUAUGUAUAUUUUUACUUGGAACUUCGUUUUAUACAUGUAGUUAACUGUUUUAUGUGCAUGUGUUAAAUGUUUCGUUGCAUGAUGGUUUUUUUUUUACAAUAAUCUUUAUUGUUAAUCCAGUAUAAACUUUAUCACAUUGGUAUCUCCGACUAUUCAUUGAUUUACAAUGCAUUGCAUUUUUAAUGGCUUACCGUUAGUUUUUAUUACACGUUAUAGUACAUGUAUAAGCCAAAUGCCAUGUUUUGCAAUUUGUAAAAGUGUGAAAGUUUUAUUCGCAGUAAACGCGAGGAUGAAAUAUUGUUGUAUGAUAGCGCGCUAGAAACGGUCAGUCUGCAUAUUUGAGUUUUACAAUCAUUUUCACUUUCACAUGCCAGCGGCAAUAAAAGAACAGGAAAUUGG